AUGUCAGAGGUGGAACUUCCAGCUGUGUUAGAGGUGGAACUACCAGUUAUGUCAGAGGUGGAACUACCAGUUAUGUCAGAGGUGGAACUACUAGCAAUGUUAGUGGUGGAACCACCAGCUGUGUUAGAGAUGGAACUACCAGUUGUGUUAGAGAUGAAACUACCAGCUGUGUUAGAGAUGGAACUACCAGCUGUGUUAGAGGUGAAACUACCAGCUGUUUUAGAGAUGGAACUACCAGCUGUGUUAGAGGUGGAACUAACAGCUGUGUUAGAGAUGAAACUACCAGCUGUGUUAGAGGUGGAACUACCAGCUGUGUUAGAGGUGGAACUACCAGCUGUGUUAGAGGUGGAACUACCAGCUGUGUUAGAGAUGAAACUACCAGCUGUGUUAGAGGUGGAAAUACCAGCUGUGUUACAGAUGAAACUACCAGCUGUGUUAGAGGUGGAACUUCCAGCUGUGUUAGAGGUGCAACUACUAGCAAUGUUAGUGGUGGAACUACCAGCUGUGUUAGAGAUGAAACUACCAGCUGUGUUAGAGGUGGAAAUACAAGCUGUGUUAGAGAUGAAACUACCAGCUGUGUUAGAGGUGGAACUUCCAGCUAGUGGAACUACCAGCUGUGUUAGAGAUGGAACUACCAGCUGUGUUAGAGGUGAAACUACCAGCUGUGUUAAAGAUGCAACUACUAGCAAUGUUAGAGGUGAAACUACCAGCUGUUUUAGAGAUAGAACUACCAGCUGUGUUAGAGGUGUAACUAACAGCUGUGUUAGAGAUGAAACUUCCAGCUGUGUUAGAGGUGGAACUACCAGCUGUGUUAGAGGUGGAACUACCAGCUGUGUUAGAGGUGGAAAUACCAGCUGUGUUAGAGAUGAAACUACCAGCUGUGUUAGAGGUGGAACUACCAUCUGUGUUAGAGGUGCAACUACUAGCAAUGUUAGUGGUGGAACUACCAGCUGUGUUAGUGUUGGAACUACUAGCUGUUUUAGAGGUGAAACUACCAGCUGUGUUAGAGAUGAAACUACCAGCUGUGUUAGAGGUGAAACUACUAGCAAUGUUAGAGGUGAAACUACCAGCUGUUUUAGAGAUGGAACUACCAGCUGUGUCAGAGGUGGAACUACCAGCUGUUUUAGAGGUGAAUCUACUAGCUGUUUUAGAGAUGGAACUACCAGCUGUGUCAGAGGUGGAACUACCAGCUGUUUUAGAGAUGGAACUACCAGCUGUUUUAGAGAUGGAACUACCAACUGUGUCAGAGAUGGAACUACCAACUGUGUCAGAGAUGGAACUACCAGCUGUGUCAGAGGUGGAACUACCAGCUGUUUUAGAGAUGAAUCUACCAGCUGUGUUAGAGGUGGAACUACCAGUUGUGUUACAGAUGAAACUAACAGCUGUGUUAGAGGUGGAACUACCAGCUGUGUUAGAGUUGCAACUACUAGCAAUGUUAGUGGUGGAACUACCAGCUGUGUUAGAGAUGAAACUACCAGCUGUGUUAGAGAUGCAACUACUAGCAAUGUUAGAGGUGAAACUACCAUCUGUUUUAGAGAGGGAACUACCAGCUGUGUCAGAGGUGGAACUACCAGCUGUUUUAGAGAUGAAUCUACUAGCUGGUUUAGAGAUGGAACUACCAGCUGUGUCAGAGGUGGAACUACCAGCUGUUUUAGAGAUGGAACUACCAGCUGUUUUAGAGAUGGAACUACCAACUGUGUCAGAGAUGGAACUACCAGCUGUGUCAGAGGUGGAACUACCAGCUGUGUUAGAGAUGAAAUUACCAGCUGUGUUACAGGUGGAACUACCAGCUGUGUUAGAGAUGAAACUACCAGCUGUGUUAGAGGUGGAACUACCAGCUGUGUUAGAGGUGCAACUACUAGUAAUGUUAGUGGUGGAACUACCAGCUGUGUUAGAGAUGGAACUACCAGUUGUGUUAGAGAUGAAACUACCAGCUGUGUUAGAGAUGGAAAUUCCAGCUGUGUUAGAGGUGAAACUACCAGCUGUGUUAAGGAUGUAACUACUAACAAUGUUAGAGGUGAAACUACCAGCUGUUUUAGAGAUGGAACUACCAGCUGUGUUAGAGGUGGAACUAACAGCUGUGUUAGAGAUGAAACUACCAGCUGUGUUAGAGGUGGAACUACCAGCUGUGUUAGAGGUGGAACUACCAGCUAUGUUAGAGGUGGAACUACCAGCUGUGUUCGAGAUGAAACUACCAGCUGUGUUAGAGGUGGAAAUACCAGCUGUGUUAGAGAUGAAACUACCAGCUGUGUUAGAGGUGGAACUACCAUCUGUGUUAGAGGUGCAACUACUAGCAAUGUUAGUGGUGGAACUACCAACUGUGUUAGAGAUGAAACUACCAGCUGUGUUAGAGGUGGAAAUACAAGCUGUGUUAGAGAUGAAACUACCAGCUGUGUUAGAGGUGGAACUACCAGCUGUGUUAGACGUGCAACUACUAGCAAUGUUAGUGUUGGAACUACCAACUGUGUUAGAGGUGGAACUACCAGCUGUGUUAGAGAUGAAAUUACCAGCUGUGUUACAGGUGGAACUACCAGCUGUGUUAGAGAUGGAACUACCAGCUGUGUUAGAGGUGAAACUACCAGCUGUGUUAAAGAUGCAACUACUAGCAAUGUUAGAGGUGAAACUACCAGCUGUUUUAGAGAUAGAACUACCAGCUGUGUCAGAGGUGGAACUACCAGCUGUUUUAGAGAUGGAACUACCAGCUGUUUUAGAGAUGGAACUACCAGCUGUGUUAGAGGUGGAACUACCAGCUAUGUUAGUGGUGGAACUACCAGCUGUGUUAGAGGUGGAACUAGCAACUGUGUCAGAGGUGGAACUACCAGCUGUGUUAGAGGUGGAACUACCAGUUGUGUUAGUGGUGGAACUACCAGCUGUGUUAGAGGUGGAACUACCAGCUGUGUCAGAGGUGGAACUACCAGCUGUGUUAGAGAUGAAACUACCAGCUGUGCUAGAGAUGGAACGAUUUUAGCCGUUGCACUAAUGAUUCCUGAUACUGAAAAUAAUUAUAAUUGA